UAAUAAGUAGUCGAAGAAGAAAGAGAGGGCAGAACUGAGAGCAGCAAUGGCGUCGCUAAAGAAGAGAAGCGCUAGCUCGAUCUGGAUCCUUCUGUUGGCGAUCUUUGCAACUUUCACCCUCAUUCAGGCCAAAGCCACGAAGGAGAACCUGAAGGAAAUUACAAAUAAGGUUUACUUUGACAUGGAGAUUGAUGGGAAGCCUGCUGGUCGUGUUGUGAUCGGUCUCUUUGGAAAAGCGGUGCCAAAAACCGCAGAGAACUUCCGAGCACUUUGCACUGGUGAGAAAGGAGUGGGUAAAAGUGGGAAACCUCUCCACUACAAGGGAAGCUCAUUCCACAGGAUCAUCCCCAGCUUUAUGAUUCAAGGAGGUGACUUCACUCGUGGUGAUGGAACAGGUGGAGAGUCCAUUUAUGGCACUAAAUUCGCUGAUGAAAACUUCAAGCUCAAGCACACCGGACCAGGACUAUUGUCGAUGGCAAAUGCUGGACGUGACACUAAUGGAUCACAGUUCUUCAUCACUACUGUAACGACUAGCUGGCUGGAUGGAAAGCAUGUUGUUUUUGGCAAGGUGAUCUCUGGAAUGGAUGUUGUGUACAAAGUCGAAGCUGAAGGGCGACAGAACGGAACACCCAAAAGCAAGGUUGUCAUCGCCGACAGUGGAGAGCUGCCCCUAUGAUUGCGCUUCCCUGGCUUCUUUGGCUUACUCAGGCCUCUUUACUUUGAAUUUGAUGGUUGAAAUAGCUAGAAGUCUACAUGUAUCAGAACCUGAUGAGCUCGACAGUGGAUGAACUUUUUUGGUGAUUGUGUAACAGAACUCGAUGUUAUUCAGUUUAUUUAAAGCUUGAACUUGAACUUGUAAUAUUAUGCUGGAAACAUCCCUCAAAGUUCUAAGCGUCAUGAAAGGUAUUAAACAUAAAUAAUUACUCUAGAUAUUAAAAGAAAAUGUGUAGACUUUCUUUAAAUUU